UGGAUAAGGAUGGGAGUGGCGGCGCGUGGCGGGGCUGGCGGCCGGGCCGGGCGCCUUUAACUCGGCGUGACCUCGCGUCUGGCCCGCGCCCCCUCCUCCGCGCGCACCGCUGUCCUGCAGCGAUUGGUGCUCGGACCAUAAACAGCUGUGCAGGGCCCGGCGGUGCGGAGGCCCCGGGCCCGCCAGUGCAGCCAGGCCACCGGGGAGUGACUUCCACCCAGGAUCGCGGAGGGCGCAAGGCCGUUGGCGCGUGGCAGGCGGCGUGGGCCUGGCGUCCCCGCGCGUUCGCGGCGCCCCGUGGCUCGGGCCGGGCGCAGGUGGGCCGGGCCGGGCUCCCGCAGAUCGGCGCGUUCCCACGGAAGCUAGCCCUCGGAGCGAGGGGGAGGGACCAUCGGAAAGACGUGGAACGAGCCGCGCGGUGUCCUCGGCAGGGCCCAGGCCCCGCGCCGCCGCCGUCGCCGCCGCCGUCGCCGCCGCUGGGGCUUUGCCGCCGGGAUCCAAGCCGAGCCUCCGCGCGGCCCCGAGAUUAGCAUGAGCCUGGGCGGCCACCCCGCUUCCCGCGGUGCCGAGCAGCAGCCCGCCAGUCCCCCAGCCGCGAUGGCCCCGCGCGGGGGGCCGAUGGCCGGGCUCCGCGGGCGCCGCGGCCCGUGAGGAGGAGCAUGCCCGCGGCGGGGGGCCCACGCGUGUCGCCGCGCGCUCCCAGCCUCCCGCGCCCCCGCCAGCCUCGGAAGGAGGAAGCCUGACGCGGCGCCGCGGUCGCCAGCACCCAGCGGGCUCUCCGUGCGCUGUCGCAGCGGCGCUCCCGGUGCUCCCGCGCGCGCGUCCCCCCACCCCCCCGGUUCGAGCCUCUGGCAUGAAGACUGCCUCCCGGGGGCUGCGGGAGAGGCAGGGGCGGCCGGCGCCGGGGACGGCGGGCCUCGCACCCGGAAGGUCCGGGGGGACGCGGCUCGGACGUUGUCAUCCCCACGCCUCGAGCUGAAGCCUCCCGGUGCGGUUGGGGCCGCCGCCGCCCGGUCGGGCUCCCCCGGGCGUGUGAUCCCGGCUCGGGGCCCCCGGAGGCCUCCGCUUCCUCGUUUGUUUGGGUCUUUUGUGCCCGUGGCACACUGUUGGCUGAGCGCUCCUGCGCUUGAAUCGGGCCAUUGUCUGCGCUCCCGUCGCUUCCACGCUUCGGGUCUCGGCGCGCCCCCACCCCGGCCGCCCCCUCCCGGCCGCCGAGCCUCCCAACGUGCCUUUCCCCGCAGGAAUCUGGAAGCUGGGAGCCGCGCGGAUUGCAAAUGAAGUGGAAUGCAUUGUGGGACGAGUGUAAAAUCGGAGCCUUCGCCGUGGGGGUGUGGGGGGGCGUGGGGAGGGCCGGACCUGCCGCCGGCGGUGUAGACACCGACGAGGAGAGGGGCUGGGGUGGGGGGGAAAAGGAAAAAAAAAAGAUGCGCGCAGAGUCCUCCCGGGUCGUGGCCGCGGUAGACGGAUGAAGCAGCGCGCUGCGCCCUGGUGCUGAGGCCCCGCUAACGGGGCACCAGGGUCGCCCUUCCCCACCAUGAAGAAGACCCGGAGCACAACCUUGAGGCGAGCCUGGCCUAGCUCGGAUUUCUCGGACCGGGCCUCGGACCGCAUGAGGUCCCGCAGUGAGAAGGACUACCGCCUGCACAAGCGCUUCCCCGCGGCCUUCGCGCCCCAGGCUUCUCGGGGCUACAUGACAUCAGGUGAUGUGUCACCAAUCAGUAUGUCUCCCAUCAGCCAGUCUCAAUUUAUUCCACUCGGGGAAAUCCUUUGCUUGGCCAUCUCUGCAAUGAACUCUGCGAGAAAGCCUGUCACCCAGGAAGCCCUGAUGGAGCACCUGACGACGUGUUUCCCAGGUGUUCCAACCCCAAGCCAAGAAAUUCUCCGGCAUACCCUAAACACACUGGUGCGGGAGAGGAAAAUCUAUCCGACCGCAGAUGGCUAUUUCAUCGUGACCCCACAGACUUAUUUCAUUACUCCUUCCCUCAUAAGAACUAACAGUAAGUGGUACCACUUGGAUGAGAGGGUACCUGACAGGUCUCAGUGUACCUCUCCACAACCCGGAACCAUAACGCCCUCUGCCUCAGGCUGCGUCAGGGAAAGGACAUUACCCAGGAAGCACUGCGACUCUUGCCACUGCUGCCGUGAGGACGUGCACAGCAUGCAUGCCUCCACCCUGCAGAGGAAACCCGCCAAGGACUGCAAAGACCCUUACUGCCCUCCUCCGCUCUGCCAGGUACCACCCGCCGAGAAGAGCAAAAGCACUCUAAAUUUCUCCUACAAGACGGAAACCCUCUCCAAACCUAAAGAUGGCGAAAAGCAGUCCAAAAAAUUCGGCCUCAAGUUAUUCAGGCUGAGCUUCAAGAAGGACAAGACCAAACAGCUGGCCAAUUUCUCUGCCCAGUUCCCUCCCGAGGAGUGGCCCCUGCGAGACGAGGACACGCCCACCACCAUCCCCCGGGAGGUGGAGAUGGAGAUCAUCCGGCGCAUCAACCCGGACCUGACGGUGGAAAACGUCAUGAGGCACACUGCCCUGAUGAAGAAACUGGAAGAAGAAAAGGCUCACCGGAGCAAAGCCGGGUCCUCUGCCCACCACAGCGGAAGGAGUAAAAAGAGCCGGACUCACCGCAAGUCCCACGGGAAGUCUCGGUCGCACAGCAAGACCCGCGUGUCGAAAGGAGAUCCUUCGGAUGGCUCGCAUCUGGAUAUCCCCGGCGAGAGGGAGUAUGAGUUCUGCGACCCUCUAACCAGGGCCCCCCGGGAGGGCUGCUUCAUCAUCGAACACAAAGGAGACAACUUCAUUAUGCACAGCAACGCUAACGUGAUCGAGUCCCAUUUCCCCAUGACGCCAGAAUGGGAUGUGUCUGGCGAGCUGGCCAAAAGGAGAACGGAGAUGCCCUUUCCCGAACCUUCCAGGGGAAGCUCCCACUCCAAAGUGCACCGAAGCCACAGCCAUACGCAGGACCGGAGGUCCAGGAACGAGAGAUCCAACAAGGCCAAGGAGAGAUCCAGGUCGAUGGAUAACUCCAAAGGCCCCCUGGGCACUUCUUCUCUCGGGACUCCGGAAGACCUGGCUGAAGGCUGCAGCCAAGAUGACCAGACCCCCAGCCAAUCGUACAUUGACGACAGUACUUUACGGCCUGCGCAGACCAUUGGUCAUCAAAGGGCUCAUAUUUCCCCUGCCAGCUAUAAAGAGGUGUGCAUUCCAGAAAUCGUCGGUGGCGGCAAGGAACCUUCUAGCGCUUGUAGCCUUUUGGAGCCAGGCAAAACCCCUGAGAGUGUGCCAUCCUAUGGGGAACUCAGCCCUUGCCCAGCCAAAACGGCUGUGGAUGACUAUUUUCAGUGCAACACCUCUAGCGAGACGGUGCUCACAGCACCGUCACCUCUGGGGAAGAAUAAGGAGGACCAUGACACGUUGACCUUGGUAGAGGGGGUAAAAAAGCUGUCUUCAUCUGAGAGGCAGACCCCCCAUUCCUCCAGGGAGCCUGUUGGGCACAAGGAGGAGUCACCGAAAGGGCCAGGUGGGGGCCCUGCUGCCUCCGGUGGUGUGGCAGAGGGGAUGGCCAAUGGCCGCCUUAUCCAACAUCAUAGUGCCGAGCCCAGCGGCCUGGACAAGAGGAAAGAAAUAUUCAGCAAAGACACACUGUUCAAACCUCUACACAACACCUUGUCCGUAAACAGCUAUCACAAAUCCAGCUUGUCCCUCCUCAAAGCUCACCCGAAGUCACCUGUUGACACACUACCAGUCCGAUGUGAAAAGCUGGAACCUUCCCUUGGGACAUCCGUGGCCCAAGCCACGCCUGCGUCCCAGCGUCAACAGGAAUCGGGCGGGAACCAGGAGGCUUCUUUUGACUAUUACAACGUCUCUGAUGAUGAUGACUCUGAGGAAGGGGCCAACAAAAACACAGAGGAGGAGAAAAACAGAGACGAUGUGGGUACCAUGCAGUGGCUCCUUGAAAGGGAGAAGGAAAGAGACUUGCAGAGGAAGUUUGAGAAGAACCUCACCCUCCUCACCCCAAAAGAAACUGAUAGCAGCAGCAACCAGAGAGCCACCCAUUCAGCCCGGCUGGACAGCAUGGACAGCAGCAGCAUCACAGUGGACAGUGGAUUCAACUCCCCACGCACUCGGGAGAGCCUGGCUUCCAACACGUCAAGCAUUGUUGAAAGCAACCGCCGCCAGAAUCCUGCCCUGAGUCCCGCCCACGGCGGAGCUGGUCCAACCUUCAACUUCCGCGCGAGUACGGAUCCCCAGACCAACGAAGCUGAGAAAUUACAGAAACCUUCCAACUGCUUGCAAGCUUCUGUUACUAGUGUAUGAUUGUCCUUCUGCCUCAGACCUUCUGUCUCAUUCGAUACAGCAACGUUUACGACACUUGGGGCUGAUGUUUACAUCUCUGCAAAAACAAACAUCUCAAGCACAGUUUGGCAGUCGCUUGAACUGUGCUUCUAAGUAGGCUAGGGCAAAAAAAAAAUCUUUCUUUCAGAGUAUUGCUUUUCACAUUUAUGGCUCUGUAGCAACCGAAUAGCAGUAGGGAGAUAUGCACACUUCCAAUUCACUAACUGUAUCUGAGCACACAUAGCAAAGUCUAAACACUGUAAGCGGAACAUGCAUUUUUCAAUGUCAUGCAGUUGCCAAUUCCAUUUUGAAAUGCCACAGAUGUGUGUUGCUCCCAGCCUAAGGGGAAUGGGUCCGUGGAACUAAUCCUGGUCAAACCCUUCCCUCCCCCAGAAAGCCAAGCUACCACAAAAUGUAAAUGUAGGGGUGUCCACCAUGAGAAAAUUCCAUGCCAAACUGAGCAGAAGCGACCCAAGCCCUUUGUGUGUGAGUCCUUCAAGCACCAGUCAUUUUUCACUGUGAGUUUUCAUGACACUCUUGCAGGAGCCCAUGGAAGCGUGUCAGAAAGGGUCCCAAUGACAGUCAUUAGAGUGUUUGUUUUCCAGUGCACUCAAUGCUUGUCUUGAGUUUUUUUAACCUUCCAUCAUCACCAACAGGAAUAUAGGCCUUUGAAGUGGACAAAGGAAGGGAAAUCUGGUCUCGCCGGGCCACAGCACUGAGUGAUGGAAAGGUUGUGUGGACUUUCAGGAGGGAUGAAUCGGAUAUUGAAGAAGGAUGCCUUCCUCCUUGUGACACUUAGGAUGAGCUAGCUUACUAUAAUAGAUGCAGUGAUUAGUUUGUUUGGAAGCAAAAUGUUCUUUAUGAUACAAAUGAAGAAUGUGGCCUGAGGGUGUUAUUCUUUCUAAUGGAAGGGACAUAAAUCUAUUUUAUGUAGUUUUAAAUAGAAUGCCUAAAUUAGGCUUGUGGGAGAUAAUUUUUAGUGGUUGUAGGAAAGAGCAAAUUUAGGGAGAGCUGAACUUCAGGCCUUUUAUUCCUGGGAAGAUAUCUAUAGAGAGAAAAAAAAACUUUAAAGUAAUUUUUGAUUAGAAAUGUACACGGGCCCGUAUCAUCUACAGCAGAGUGUCCUCAUUCUGCUGGUGUGGUAUAUCCUUAAUUUGUACUACCCUAAAAUUUAUCAGAAUGAAAAUUAUGCAUACACGAACUAUGCCAGAGUAAUGUUUACAGAUACUUUGUAACAAUAUCAGGAGGUAUAUUUUAGGUGGAUUGUGUGGUCAUUGGCUUAGCGCCCCUAAAAAUGAUUUCCCCAUGCUCUACUUUGGUUUACAAUGUUAUGCUCAGUAUUGAAAGGAUUUGCAGCAGGGGGAUUACUAACCAUCGCACUUCAGUCCUACAGGAAGGCACUUUUCAAAAGUUCCUUCACUUUAUUUUCUGAGAAAAAAAUUACAUACACUUGUAGGUACUGGAAAAUCACCUGCACAAAGGUUACAUCUGAUCCCAGAAGAUGGCCUGAAAUAAAGUUUAAUUCAGUGUAGUGUCAGAUGAUUUUUGGAGCCAUAUGCCAUAAUGAAUUCAUAAAUAAAUAACUUGAAAUAAAUAUAAAAGUUUCACUCAAGAUUGCAGUAAUGAGCAUAAAUUUGUGAGGUGUUUCUUUUUCCGUGUUAGGUUUAAUCACUUGCUGUGUUUAAGGGAGCACAAUCAUAUGAAGUAGUUGAAAUGUGCAUAUGCAUAUUUUGUCUGCUCCCUGGAAUUUGCAGUGUGUCAAGCUGGGCUCCUCAAGUUUGGUGUGAUCUUUUGUGUGCUUGCUGUAUUGGAACUUCAGCACAGAUCUCAGCAUACUGCUGCGUCAUUGAGAUGCUUAAGCCAAUUGGCUUUGAAUCUCAUACCUUAGUUCCUCCCAGGCAUGCCACAGUUACCCAGAAACACAUUGUUUAUCUCCUUACUUAAGUACGUCCAGAAAUGACAGCCAUGCAUCUGGUAGACGGCAUAAUCCGUUGUUGUUGGCUUUGAGGAGCUGUAUACCAUACGAUUUCUAGAUCUGGUUUGUCUAAAAAAUUUUUUCCCCAAAAACCUGCUCUCAAAUUUUUGGCAUACUCAGUUCAUAAAUAACAUUUGGCAUACUCAGUUCAUAGAUAACAUUUAAAUGAUACGUUAGUCUCUGAUUGAUCCUCUGAAGGUAGCCAUUGAAAGAAUUGAUUGCCAUGUGAGCAGGAAAAGACAUAAUUCCAUUCGAGAGAUGCUUUAAAAUAAGAAUUUUUUGAUAGUUCACAAGAAACAGGUUUACAGAAAACACUACUCAAAUGCAACGUGUACACUGUUUGCCUAACCACUUUGGGGCACACGAUUUAAAAAAAAUAAAAGAAAAGAACCUCCCUUAGACCAGCAGCCGUUAGCAUAGAAUGAUGGACUUCAAAAAAGAUAUACCACAUAAACAGAUAUUCCACGGAGAAACACUCUGGCCUGAAUCUGAUCUGGAUCCGUGGCUGGAGGAACGUUGGUGGCGGGAGGCACGUGGCAGGCAUGGCAAGUACAGGUGUCUUAAGAUGGCGAGACUCUUGAUGCCCACAGCCUUGAGGCCCUCCCCAGGCUUUGCCAACAUUCUUCUCCACUGGAAGCAUAGCUUUGUGUGACAUGACUGCAUGUCCAGUCUUAGAGUUUAUCCAUGGAAAGGUUUACAAAACUGAAUCUGGUUGAGUCUCUGUGAGGCGUUCAACUUUAAAGGGUCAACACAUCUGUCGGCAUUUUGCACACUUAUGUAUUAUUAUGAUACAACAUAUUACUUUAUGGUAAUUUUUAUUUUUACAUAGAACUACCUCCAUGAAUUUGAUGAAAUGGCAGCAGUGUGUUAAAGUGUGUUCUUCAGAAAAGCAAUGUUUCAAACAUGCUUCAGCAGUGGGCCAUGGCGUUCUGUGUGUGUCGGUGACUCGUCCAUUGGACUCAUGACUUUCUCUCUGCUGUGGUUUUCUUUCAGAACAUUCUUUGGCUUCCAACUGUAAACCUGUUGUCUUCUUUCUCACUCCCUUUUCCCCAUGAAAGCACAUUUGAUUUGUUACAAAUGAAUGAACAUUUAAAAUUAUUGUCUUCCCCAUUUCUCCAUUUCUGCUAUUAAAGAGGGAAAAAAAGUCCUUUUUGGCAAAGAGCCACAUGGUAAACAUUUGGGAAGUUAUUAAUUCCUAUUGGAUGGGAUUGCUCGACUUUUUUUUUCAGUAACAAAACAGUAACGUGAGAAAUUUGGACUGCCAAUUUGAAGCACUUUGGGCCUCUCUGCCUAUAUUAUAUGCUACCCUAUGGAGCCCAAACUUACUUAAAAGAAAAAAAAAAGCUGUGCCAUGCGUUCUGAGAUGUCUGUUAAGUAAUUUAUACCCAUUUGGUAUAUUUUGCACAUCUCAGGAGACCUUAAUGAGUGUGAGAAAGGCGUGCAUGUGCACCCAAUAGAGAAAACAUAGGAGAGCUGAAAGGAGACUAGCUGGCUAGAAAUAACGAAUGCCUGUGUUUUUUAUGUUGGAGAGUCCAAAUUCAGGAAAUCUAGAUGGACAGGGACUCUGGAGGAGCAGGGAUUUGAAUACCAGCUAUUCCUAAAUGUCUCUUUUCAACACUGAACGAAUCUUGUUAAGAUGUUCGCUGAAAAUCUGUUGCGGCCACCACCAAGACAAGAAUGGUGGCUCACAGAAAAGUGUCAUUUCUCUUCUAGGCUAGCACAGCUUUGUAAAGUUCUACCCAGGAUUAGCCACCUCUCACCACCCAGCGUACUUGAAGAUAAAGUUUGUGACCUCAGUGACAGGCACGGCUCUCCUCAAACGGUAGAGGCCAUAUUUGAGAAAUGUCUUGCCGUUCGGGAGGGGUAGCAUUCUGAGCUUGUCCUAACAGCCAGUGACUGGUGAUGUUACGCGGCUCACGUCGGGAUCUCAAAGUGCUUCUGAAACACUAGCAGUGUGAUUACAGGGCAGGUCCUGUUGGUGAUACCCAUGCUUGACAGGAGCAAACAGACGGGUGGCUCAAGGCCACCCAGAAGCACAGUGGCAGCUAACAGUCACCUAUUUUCUAUCUGUUUGAUAGGCCAUCGUGAGAAAUCACUACAAUGCUAUUUUUAUGAUGUGUGCUAAUAAAGAAAACAAAUACGGCUUGACACCUUGUCCAUUUUCAUUCAAAGAGUUAGGGGGUGUUCAGGAUCUCAACACCUCAGCACACCUGACUGGUAUUGAGCUAUGAAGUGGGAGAUGAACAAAUAAAGGCCAACGUCAUUGUCGUCCAAGGCCAAUCCAGACAUCCACCUUUGUUUACAGUUUCUUAUUGGGUUUCUGUAAUUCCUGUGCUAAAGCCCAUCUUCAAGAACAUUGGCUGCUCUGGGCAGUGGAAGGUGCUGAAACAAGUCCUCUUAUUUGAUUUGAUUUGAUUUUUAAAUCUUACUUUAAUCGAGAACUCUUCGCAGUGCUCAGAGCAUAAUAUUCACUACAGGAUAUCAAGCCCUACUUCGUAGGAUCUGGGAAACAGAUCCAGUUCCAAGUGUUUUCUCCAACUUGAGAUAGAAGGUCUUUGACACUUGCUCACCCUGUUCCUAUAGAUCAGUCCCAGACCCAACUAGCAGUGUAGUGUCAGACCACAGUGGACCCAAGAAGAAGUGGUGACUUUCCUUACCCCCCCAACUCCCCCCAGGAACCCCCCACCCACUGUCAAAGCCAUCCUGUAAUGUCCUGUGAGCGAGGGACUCCUUGGCCCGUGUUUAAGGCUCGGGGAAGUUAGAAACGAGAAAAACGAAUGCAAAAGCCAUGGGAGGCAUCGUUUUUUUCUUUGGGUUAGUUAAACAUGUCAGGGAAGGGAUUGCUAUUGUCUGAGCUUUGCCAAGAAAUACAGAAGAAUCGGCCAUCACCUCAUCCUUCUCGAAGAAGGUUUUAUAGUAUUAAUGACACAAAAGAUAUUUUCCCAUGGAGUCUUCUUUAGGAUACAUUUCAUAAUGUAUAAAAUGCACGUGAGACAUUUUGCUAUUAAAUCUCAUGUGUUUGCCAAAGGUACUGGCUUCUGCCCGGUUGGCAUCCGACCCCCUCAUCUUGCAUCAGCGAUGUGAUGCAGAGGGACGCCCUGCUGAUGGCCUCUAUAAUACAUUCUCCUGUGUCCUUGCUGUUGUUCAUCGACUUACCAGUUGAUGACCUGCAAAAUUUAGAAUUGGACAAAGCUCAAGGGGAUGAAGCCCGUCUUGGGAUUGAAUGCAGUCAGUCAGAAGCCCUUAGUGGCCCAUUGCUGGCUUCGCUUGUGAGCACACACACCCUGCCGACAAGGAAAAGGGUGUCUCCGAGUGAGGCCGCAAUGGCUCUAGAAAGGCGGAAAUGGAAGGUUAGAGCUUGGCUGGUCCUUGUGCACCUGCCUACCUCCCUGUCCAAAGGCUGACCUUGGUACCCCCAUGCCCUUGUACUCACCCAAAAGAGGUACCAAAUCUGAGACCUGAGCUCUCCUCCAAUCCCAGUCCUCUACAGCUCCAGGAAAUUCCUCAUACGGAACGCUUUUGGCAGCCCCAAUUCUCCCUUUCCUCCCAGGAUGACCCUCUCCACCUCCUCGCCCUCCCCCGCCUAGAUACCUACACCACCACUGUUUCCACAUUGGAAGAAGAGACUACUGUGCAGCAUUGUGCACGCAUGCCAGUUAGGGAUAAAAUAGCCCUAGGGUCCCCUUCAUGUAAGCUCCCAACAGCUACAAAUCUAACGUCCUUAGAGCAGUGACAUGACGCUACUAUGUGAGAGAGAAUUCAAUCUGAACAUCCAUUUCGGGGGACCGUGAUCCUGCAGGUGUCUUUCUCUGAGCGACAGAAGGCGACUAUUACAUUAGUAUCAACGAACUAAGAAGUGCAAGUGGGAUUUAUUGGAUGUUAGGAAGGAGUUUUGCAGCCAAGACUGCCUUGAAUAAAAUGUUUUUGCACUGAAAAAAAAAAAAAAACAAAAAAAGCAAAAAAAAAAAACAAAAAAACUUUAACUGACUUGGUCUCUGGUUGCUGUAAAGGUCAUCCAGGAUGGAUGUUCUGUUUAUAUUGUAUAGUAUUUCAUAUGAAAUAACUGCAAUUCAUGAAAUGUCUUCCCUAAUGUUACUGAUUUCUAACAGCACAUUUGUAACAUGGUUUUUAUCGUGUCUGUGUACCAUAUUGUAAAUGAUGAUUCCUUGCCAUGCUUAGUAUAAUAACUUAAAAGGAAAAAAAAAAAGGACAGGGAUUUUUGUAAGUCUAUAUUUGAAAGUCCCUCCAUAUGGUAAUAUUGUGUUCAUGUUGUUUAUGUAGUGUUGUGUGAAAUAUCCAUUUUGGAUUGUGUUACUUUUUAAGAUAUUAAAUAACAUUUGGUUAUA